UUUCAUGAUUUAUUUCGUAAAAUUGUGUGAAUUUUAAAAAACAUGAGAAACAAAACGAAAUGUUUUAAUAAAAUUAAAAAUUUCAUCAUCUAUUAAUCAGUUACUUUUAAUAAAAUGUGUAAAAAUAUUAUAGCUUUAAAAAACAGUGCAUUGUUUCCAUCACAAUCUCAAUAUCUCUUUCUCUUUACAUUGUUUACGAGUUUUCAUAGAUUAGAUCCCGUUUAAAACUUCUAAUUAAAGCUUUAAUAAACUUUUGGUCAUGGAGGUUAACCCGUUGAAUAUAUUUUUUGUGAAGUCGGACAGUAAAGGUGAUCGAUUGCUAUUUAGAUACCCAUAUACAUCUGAAAAUAAGGAUGAAAAUAAGCAGAAGAAGUUCGGUCGCCACAAUCCGUAUGCUAUCAGUUCUACUGAAGAUUUGCUUCAGAAUUCCCAAACUCAAACCUCUAACAUCUGCAAAGGUCAAUUAAGUGGCUUCACAGAUGAGAUGUUGUCAACCCUGUUUGCUGUAAAGGCAGAACUAUGUAACAGGAAGUUUGAACUGAAAGUCAAUGAUGUGAGAUUUGUGGGCCACCCUACUCUACUACCUUACAGAACUAACAAGGAUGAUACCGCGGCUAUGAUUCUUAUAAAUAUUGUGUUUGCUCUACAGGCAUCGGCAAGUCAUUCUAUUGUUAAAUGUUACUAUGACUUGAGUAAAAGACUUGGUAAAGCAUUAAGACAUGAAGAAAAGAGAUGUUCCUAUUUGACAGAAGAAAUGAAAAUUAUGUUAGCUACACAUGAUGAGGUGUCAGCACUCGAUAGUGAAAUAAAUUCAGGUGAGAAUGAUGACGAAGAGGAAAACUCACGACACUCUGUGAGCUCCACUACAUUUAGUUUGGACAAUGGAACGCCAGCACCUAAGUCAGCAUUCCAUCUCAUAUUACAACGGAGCUCACUGGCCAGGUCUAUGAAAUCUGUAUUUGAAGAACUCAGCAGUACAGGCAUAGUACAAGUUCGUAUAAACAAAUGGGUGCUUCUAUCAUUCUGCCUCCCGCACAAGGCACAUCAGAUACAUAACAGGGGACUGAUCUUAGAACCAGAGACAAUAGACAAAUGUGUACAAAAAUUGAGGCCUUAUCAUGGCAUUCUACUAAUGGUGAACCCCAAUGAUUUGUUGGCAUCAAUUCCCUUGGACGGCAGUCCAGCGCUGUUGCGCCUAAUCAAGUUUUAUAGUCCUUUGAAAAGUUUGCAAACGCUUGCCAUUGAAGCUGACCUAACACUUACACAGGCAUUCCAGUUAACUGGGCACCUGGUAUACUGGGCGAAGGCCACGGUAAUCUACCCGUUGUGCGAAGGUAAUGUAUACGUGGUCGCGCCGGGCGCGAACGUUCAUAUAAACUCACCGCUUGUUGAUGAGUUUGCUAAGGAAUUUCCUGGAUUAUGUUUGUUACAAAUGCUGAGCGAGUUCUCUCUGCCGGCGCCUCUGUGGUACGUGUCGCGCGGCGCGUGGGGCGCGCGCUGCGGCGGGCGGCCGGCGCGCCUCGUGGCGUGGCUGCUGCGGCGCCGCCUGCUGCUGCAGCUGCACACCUACGUGCAGUUCAACUCGCCGCACUGGCCGCAUUGGCCGAGAAACGAUGGCAAAGAGUAUAUCUGCGAAAAACACGACCUCUACUACCAAUCCAACAGCGUUUCCUUCUCAUCGUUAAACCAAGUACAACUAAAUGUGCCAGAGCCAGUCGAAACUAGAGAAAGCAUCAACACCUUCCCAGAUUCAGACGAAGACUACCCUACGCAAAACAAUCUCAACCAAACUGACUUCUCCCACACUCAACCUAUAGUCAUAGAAUCGGAGAAUACGAAAUACGAAAAGUUCAACGAAAUCGAUUCGGCCAAUCAUUCGUUCGACGAUGGUAUUGACGUUGUUGAUGGUAUCAAACCAGUCAACGGAUGUGACUUUGACAAAACGCAAAAAAUACAAAAGAAACUCCAAGGCAAUUCUGUCGAUAGCGGUAUAUCCAACAAUCUAAAUGGAAAUAGAAUUAAUGGAAUUGAAAAUGGUCAUAUAAACGGUCAUGUGGACAAACAAAAUGGUGAAGUUAAAAAGGCGUUGCCUUCAAGGUUAUCUGAUUUGUCCUUGAAAGACAAUGACAAUGUGUUGAAUAGGGACACAAGCAGUGAUGAAGAUAGGUUUGAAAGUGACGCUGACAUUUCCCCGAGGUUGAGAAAUGGUCAUGGAUUCACAAAUGGCUUGGAUAAGAAGAAUGGAGUUUCGUUAAACUUGAAACUGCAAAGUGAAAUGAGUUUUCAAUCUCCAACGGUAUGGAGUGCCCCGGCGGGUUGCGACGCGACUGACGCGUGUCGCGUCCCCAGUGACCCUCCCACCACUGAAUCUCUCUUGGACACAUUCACGACUGAGGAGAGAGCAGUGUUGUCCACCAUGCCUGCGUCUGAAAACCAAGAUGAUUUGUUGUUACUGGCUCAGUUACAUAAAAAAGGUUACUUCCGUGGCGAACAACAUCUCGAAGAAAUAAUGUUCAUGGAGAACGUUAGCCGGUCGCAACUAAUGCAACUCCUAGAUAAAUUUAAAGAUGUUCUUAUUACGUUCGAAACCGAAGACCCUGCCGUUGCUAUGUUAUACCCGUACCAAUAAAAAUAAUUAAUUACAAAAAGUACAUAAUAUGUACAGUACAUUAUUGGUAAACCAGAUAAUUUUUCUACCAAGCUAUAGUACUACCAGUUUUAUAAGUUAUGUCAAUAUACCUGCGCAGAAAUCUUAUUU